UUUGGAUGGUAAAUCCAAUGGCAAACUGCCAAACCAUGCGUACAAGUGAACGUUAAACAAGAUGUCCCUGUUGGCUGUCGCCUUUCCAAUUGGAAAGUGGCCUAAAAACGCAUCGUUUUGUUCAAAGAAGAUUGCGCUUCCUCUCUUAACAGAAGCUGCGAUAACUGAGAAGGUUCCAGAGAGAGAGAAAAUGAGUGUGUCAACCACGGCGUACCUAGCAAGGAGAGCAGCACAGAAGGAGAGAGUUCAGAUCCCCUACCGUCGAGCUCUUAGAGAUACUCUCAACUGGGCCGUCCACCGCCACCUCUUUUAUCAAGAUGCUUCGAACCUCCGCGAGAAGUUCGACGCCAAAAAGCAUGUGGAGGAUCAGGACGCCAUUGAUAGAAUGAUUGCUGAAGGAGAGGCACAGUAUAAUAAGUGGCGGCAUCCUGAUCCUUAUAUUGCAUUAGAAAAAAAGCAUGGAAUGUUUGCCAAGGAGGUGAAACCAGUUCCUUGGGCUCCUGGUGGUAGCAAGUUCACUCGAAAUCCAACUCCACCUUCUGGGAUUGAGAUGAUCCAUGUGUUACUCCAAAAGAUCAUGAGCGACUCCCAUGUCGUCUUUAUGUUUAUUGCAAGAAGGCAAAUUAUAGACACUACGAGAUAUUUCACUGCUUUAUAUUUGGUUUUCUCUCAAGAAAGGAAAAUUGCCAUUGGAUUGUAAAUGGAUACUGUGGUCUGGAUUCACCUUUGUCUCUUUGAUCGGAACGCUGCUUAGAAUAAGGAAAAAAGUAAACCCUGCAAUGUAAAUAUACAACGACUCUUAUCUGUUGAGUCACACUGUAAGCAAGAGAUCCACGCACGAUGACUGAUUGUUCCGCCAAUUUCCAAUUCUGAAUUUGUCGUGUCUGUUACGAAUUCAAAAGCUUACGUUAUCUAAUUUCGGGUGUUUGACAUUACUGUUAGAAAAAAAAGGCUUAUUGAAAAUUAUUUUAACAUAAUUUAGGUAUAAAGGCAUUAAAGUAAUAGAACAGUUUUUCUCAAAUUAUUUAUUUUAAACAUCUAAAAGUUGUGCUUUUUCUAAAAUGCACAUUUCUAGCUUUCCAACUCCUCCCAACUCAAUGCCAAAUAGGUCUUUAUCUAAUCAAAUCCAGUCAACACCUUUCCCUUGUCAAACAUCCCAUAAACAAUAAAAUAAAACAAAACACAAAACAUGUAAUCCACCAUUUCCAAUCCCCCCCUAAAAAUAAAAAAAAUUGGUAAGCUAAGCCUGCUUUGGCUUGGAACUUCUCUAGGCACCCAUCAAGCUAUUUUAAUACUCAUUUGAUCAUAACAUCUUCCUUCAUGCACUGCAUCUCAUCACCAUACCCACAAACAAAAAAGCACUUACAUCGACAUCCCAUC